AUGUCGGUGUCCCGCGCCAAGCUCACAGAAAACAGCGAAUACUUCCGUGCCAUGCUUCAAGGAAACAAGUGGGCCGAGUCCAAGUCCGACGCUAUCAGUCUGAAGGACGACCACAUAACCGCGAUGGAGAUCCUGCUCCGUGGACUACACGACACUCUCGACAACAUGGACAAGAGCGCUGUCGCCAUUGAAGAUAUUUGGUACCUUGUUCUCGCCCAUGACAAGUAUCAGAUCGACCGGAAGUUAUAUAGCAAAUGGGUCGGUUCUUGGGGCAAGAUCGAACUGGCAAAAGAGAGAAACAAGGGGAAUGACAACGACUACGACCUCGAGAGAAAGAUCCUUUCCCCUGCUUUUGCUUUCGACUGUCCGCAGCUUUUCCAGCACGCUACCAAGACUCUUGUCUAUAACAGCCCCGGCCCGAUUACCGAGAUCAAUCCGACAUCGAUAAGACAAAUGCAUCUGCCAUCCCGCGUACCACAGCAGCUGAACGCCGCCCGCGGCCGCCUCCGAACAAUCCUGCACAGUGGACUUUUCGAAAGACUCGGCACACUCGUCGCAUGCGGAACCUGCGGAUGCAAAGAACUCACUGUGUUCGAAUAUCUGCGCGAGCUGCGCCGCAUCAACGUCUGGCCGCUGGAAGACAGCAUGAAGAAAACCAGCAUCGACGAUAUCCUUGUCCGUCUGAACGGCUUCAGCCAGAGCAGGAUGCGGAAGCGCGUAGACAGCGCCGCCGGCGAACCGAAGCACUGCAUGUCCUGUAACAUCAACUGGGAUGCCACCGUCAGGUCAGUCAACGACCGCGUCAGGAAUUAUUUCGGUGGCUUGUGUCUGGAUUGCAUGGAUAAGACAAAGAAUCUGCGUUUGCAUGGUAGUCAUGAUGAUGACUAUUGGCACUACUGGGAACGUUAUCAGAGCUAUGACUCCAAGUGUCGCAUCAGUCAUGGCGAGCCCACUUGGUAUUUCAGUUUCAUGGGACGGAGGGAGAAGGCGGGCUUGGUUUCGGAUUUUGAUGUGUAG